CUGAAUGGUAGCCUGAGAGAGAGUAGAGUGCCUUACUAUAGCAAGAUGCAUGUCUGUUUUGCCAUCACCUUAUCGUUUGUUAUCCUUCUGGGUAUCUCUAUCACGCCACAAGCUUCCAUUGCUGGGCCGGCACCUGCGGAUGGUGAUGGUCCUUGGUCUCAGGUGUGUCCGAUGUGCUGCCAGGGACCUGCUGGGACACCUGGAAUUCCGGGCCUACCAGGAAAUCAGGGUCAGUAUGGACCGGCAGGGGUAAAGGGUGAUACUGGAGUCAAGGGUCAGAAGGGUGAGAUUGGUCCAAUUGGCGCUGUUGGCAACCCUGGCCCCAAAGGGGAUGAUGGAAUGGGCCUGCCCGGUAAGGUAGGUCCAAGAGGUCCAUCUGGUUUAGUUGGAGUCACCGGGGAAUCGGGGAUCAAAGGUCAAAAGGGCGAGCCGGGGGAGACUCUAGAUAACUCUGUCCAGCAGGUGGCAUUCACCGUGACACGGAGAACCCACUCGGGUACCUCUGAGAGUUACAGCACUCGUUUGUCCUUCGAGCAGGCGGAGACACUUCUGCCGGGCACCGAAUUCGAUCUUCCGACUGGGACAUUCACGUGUAAUGUGCCGGGCACCUACGUGUUCUCGUUUUCUGUGUGCAAAUAUUACUCCAUUAGCAGUUUAUGGGUUUCUCUUAGGAAAAACGAUGACCCGAUUGUCUAUGGCGGUAGCAGUGACGUAAAUCGUUAUGAGCAGGUGUCUGGGAGCGCGGUGCUUGUUCUGCAGCAAGGAGACUUGGUGUAUUUGGCCAUGUACGGUAUGGCGUACACCGAGCCAACCUUUCCCGCCAGUACAUUCAGUGGAUUUCUCCUUAACGCCCAAUAAACAUAAGGAGGUAUUCCCUGAGUAUAAACAAGUCAAGGUCACUGGGGGACAAUGUGUAUAUUUCAGGUAUAAAUUUUAAUACCGAAACUACAGUCUCGAUAUUUUUAAAACAUCUUGCCAUUCUCACUCAUUUAUGACCCUUACCGAUUUCCAAGAAAUGCAAUUUCCACGGAAGGUGCGUUCAGUCGCAAUGUGUUUCAAAUUCAUGCAGUGUUGUAUACACUGUGAGAUACGGUACCACAGACUUCGUUCAUCGAGCGUCUGCCAAUUUCUCCUGCUGUCUUCGUGUUGGUAACAUAUGAUUUUUUGCUGUUUACUUUCCAUUUCUUCUGAACAACAAAGUACACAAAACCAAAUAAUUGUCGUUAGAAAUAAUCGUAAUCAUUCUCCGAUGUAGCACUUGAGUAAUUGCGUGCACUUUUAUAUAGUUUUUGUAUUGAAAGUUUCAGCCUGCACUGGCCUGUCCUACCUGGAGCUCAAUAAUAAUAAUGAUGUUAAGGAUGGUAUGUGUUUAAGUCGUUGUGACGUAAUUCCAAUGGACAGACGAAGGGGUCAAUAUCUGUGAAGUUUAAAACAGGUGUUCACUUGUAGCAGAUCUUCAUGAAAUUUAAUAUGAAAAGAAUUACAUCGAAAUGUAAUUUCUAAAAACGAUGCCUUACAAUGAUUGCACCUCAAAAUAAAUAAUAAGACUAGUUCUCAUCUAGUUCAUGUCACUCAGAUCUUUUUUCACGUGUGUACUAUUUGAAUACGUUACCAUGAGUUCAUGCUUCCUAGCAUCCAGUGCAUAAACUUUAUAGCAUUACGCAAAAUAUAUGAACCGAAACUGUGUCAGUGAAGACUUUUUAUUUAUUUAAUUAUUUAUUAACCCUGACCCCCUAUGGGGUAUGUAAAAUGGUAUUGAAAUUGGAGGAUUUGGGACUGUUAGGGUUAAUACAAUCUCUGCUGGAAAUAGAAUUAACAGGUAAAAGGGCAUUGACGUCAUAAUCAUUUUUACAACGAUUGAUUUUGAUUUGAAUAAAAGGGUUGUGUAACCCAAUGCAUGUUCUUCUGAAUCAAAAAGCGCAACAACAGUUGGAUGGACCAUCAACUGCUUAUUUCCACUGUUAGUUACCUGUUUAGGAGCUUAACGUUCUCAAUUAGGACUCACCACUGGGAUAAAAAAGGCUGUUGGUCUGGUUCCUGAAGCACCCGCUGGGGCGACGAUCUGGGAUCUGCAGUGGCGUUGAUGCCAGUGCAGAAAAGCGCCUACGACUCCAUAGUGUGCAGCAAGUUUACAGUUCAAUUACAAAGAAAGACAGCGACGAUGUUGACUAACAAGUGUUCACGAAUGAUGACGAAACGAUGUAUGAUGGAUGACUAUAGAAACGGAAGAACCCAAUGGCACGGAAAGCCAGUAAUACCGUAGAACAAACUAAGAUGGCGAAUUUGUCAUGGGCGUUAGUUUGUUGGACUUUCCUUCCUUCAGAAGGCACUUUGACGUUAAGCAUCAAAGUACGGCGGGCAGUUUUGUUUUGAGGGAAAUUUUGGGAUGAAGAGGACGGAAAAUGCAAGCCUUUGCAAUAGCCCAUUAUGAAAAUUAGUGCCCCUGUUAUGGUGGCUGUGGGCAGGUGGAAACUGUAGGUAGUUCGGACGAAAGCUUUGCCCUUAAGUCCCUACUUAAUUGGAUGUCAGAUACACGAAGUAAUUAAUCGUUUUUCGUCCCCCUACAUUCAUACUGAUCCCCUAAAAAUGAACUUUCCACACCCAUGCUCUGGAUUCUCUUAAUUAUCUUGUUGUCCAGAGACACGAGUUAACAAGUGCUUUAAAUGCAAGUACUCACACAUGUAUUGACAUUCCUUGCUACUUCACUUGUUUUAUGCAGUAUCACGAAUGAAAUUUAUUUUAUAAGCAGUAAGAAUGUAACAGUGAAGGGACAACACGUUUGAAAUGUUAUUCAUAUCGAUGACAACUAACCGUAUCGUUGCAUACAAAUGUAAGUUCUUCGUGUUUGACAUUAAUCUACUGCCUAUAUAUUUACAACAUUAACGCGUAACAGACGGCAAUGUUGUAUAAUCACACUUAAGUAAUCACGAUUGUUGAAAUGUACUGCUUCUACGUGUAUACGAUUGCUUCUGUAUUUUUUUAAAUUCACUUUUGUUGACCUGAGUUAUUUUUUUGCCAAAUGUCAAAAUCUUAAAGGCCACAGGAUGUACUUUAUAGUUGCCUUUUAAUUUGUGUUAAGUGAAAGAUGUGGCUGACAACGAAUGCGUGUUUAUUUCUAGGGUGGAGACAAUGUGGGGUUUUCAUUUUAGUAUCUGUCUAGUCGUUUUUAUCUGUAUAGGAAUCAUCACCCACCAAAUUCAGGAGGUAGUAUGGAUGAAUGUUCAAGUUGUCAUAAACUUAGUAAUAUGUUUCAAGUUUAUGACGACUUGAAUAUUCAAUUUAUAAUAGUAUCUUUAGUGUCUUUGCCUGAUCUUGUAAACUCUUAAUUAAUAGGGGCCUCUUAAAACAUCACCUCGCAAAAGAUAGAUCCAAUUUAAUGGCUCUGACAAUCAGUCAAUAUCGUUAAACUUUUAGAGUUAAAAAGUACUCUGGGCACAGAAUAUUGUCCCAAAAAUGCUUAGAUUGCUCAUGCAGUUCUAUUUAAUGUCUUUGAGUGCAACGUAAUUUAUAUUGUGUUAUUAAUGAAAAGAAUAAAUUGUUUCUGAUUUUGUUAAAAUACCACUGUUUAGGUGAACUCUGCACAGAGACGACAUGUUCAUAAAUCGCUAGACUUGUUCAGAAAAUUGAAUUUUGUAUCCAUGAAUUUAGCAUCGUGUUGUUAAUGACAAAACCUGUAUGGGGUGUUGCAGAGACAAAGCUGUGGAAACUGCUGAAACUUUUGAAAGGGGUGCUUUUUGCCAAAUCCAAAAUUUACUUUUUCUUUGGGCAGUUUGCCCCAAAAAGAGACAACCAAACACCAUUCGUAUACAACAAUGCUACGGAGCAUGUUGCAUGAGCAGAACUUAGCUCUGAUUCAACCAUUGUCUGAAUUUACAAAAAAUAAAAUACAUUAGGGCAAGUGUUUUGCGUUUAUACAAGAGUUGAACAGUGAACUUUUCCACUUGAAUGACUAAGAGAGGGUGCGCUUUCCUAGCAACCUGAAGUUGCCAGGGGAUUACGUAACUUCCACCCGGUCAUGCCUAUUGUUAAAAUAAAUGUGCCUUUUAUUUAUAUUUGCAACCGC